AUGACCAGGAGUAGCGAUGGCGGCUGGGUUACCUUUGGUAAGGCUCUUUCCAGUCUCCUAGGCUGGAUCUAUACUCUGUCAUGGAGCGCUUCUUUCUAUCCGCAACCCUGGCUGAACUGGAAGCGCAAGUCCACACUAGGUCUGGCCAUCGACUUUCCAUUACUCAAUGUCCUUGGGUUUCUCUGCUACAGCAUCUCUUCCUGCGGAUUUCUGUACUCCGCUACAAUCCGGAAUCAAUACGCGGCAAGGCAUCCGGCAUCUCCAGAGCCAACAGUACAAUUUAACGACAUGGUUUUUGGCGCGCAUGCCGUCGUCUUGGUCGUCCUCACAUAUUCCCAAUUUUAUCCCUGGCUGUGGGGUUUCAAGGUAUCUUCACGCCAACGGGCUGCGAAACCAGUCUUGGGCAUUGUUUGGGGAAGCGUUCUUGCUAUAUUGGCCGUUGUUGGACUCGUGAUACAUCACUCUGGUUUCCAACAACAAGAUCCUCAGGAUUGGGCGUGGAUCGAUGUGCUCUACACCUUGGGCUAUGUGAAGCUCAUCUGCACUUUUGUCAAGUACAUUCCGCAGGUGAUUGUGAACUUCGAGCGCAAAUCGACGGUGGGCUGGAGCAUCCUACAAAUCUUGUUCGACAUAACCGGCGGGGUGCUAUCCUUGAUUCAACUCGUCAUUGAUAGCAGUUUUCAAGGCGACUGGAGCGGCAUCACAGGCAAUCCUCUGAAGUUGGGUCUUUCCAACAUCAGCAUCAUGUUCGACGUGAUCUUCAUCAUCCAACACUUUCUUCUGUAUCCUGAUCAAGAAGACCGGAUGAGUGAGGAAGAUGAAUCGGAGCGGCCCCUGUUGGGAUAG